AUGCAGACGCAGCAGGAACGGAAAGUUAGCAACAGUCGAGCUUUUACCAUGAUUCUAAUCCUGCUGCAAGUUCUUGGUAUCCUUGGCCAUGGAGUGGUGGCCCAGAAAAGCUCGCCCAUUGCCAACUGGCACAUGGCUGAUCCGCACUACACAAGUGACCAGUACGCCAAGAUCCUGGGCGAAGCGGGUCUGGGCCAGGAUGCCGAUGACAAGGACCACAAGGGUCUGGGUCCCAUGCAGAUCCAGUACGUGGACUACCAGCCAAACUGCCAGCCAGGCGGAGUGCCAGUCUGUGCCACCAAUGGAACCGAUAGCUUCUUCUUCGAGAACCACUGCCGUUUGGAGGCGGCCAACAUGAAGAUGCUCUUCCAGCACGGCACAGAACUGGAGCCCACGGAGAUGGAGCGAUGCCUACCCACCUGCCAGACGAUGAAGUGCACCCAGGUAGAGCGUCCAGUUUGCGCGCUGGCCGAGAUUGGAGGAGCUAUUCCACAAACAUUCGCCAACGAGUGCGAAAUGCGAAGACACGAGUGCCACACGAAACAAGUCCUGAGAAUCCUGCACACGGGUCCUUGUCAGACUCCAGCCAAAAGUGGGCGCAAAAAGAAGCUGCGUCGCAACAAGAAAAAGCGACCAACAACCAACGCCUCCAUUUCAAAGUUCGCCACCGUUCCAAAGAAAGUAUACGUAAUGCUGGCCACUCCUGCUCCUCGGAGCAGCACCACCACGCCCAGGACCUCCUUUAGCACAACCACUACCAGAAUCACGACGACGGCCAGGAUGAGGCCCACCAAACAGACCAGCACAAGUCCCUCGCCCAUGCAAUUCCAGCAGCUCAUGAACUUGGUCAAUCCCAUGGUCUCCGUUUCCCAGGCUGUAGAUGCCUACAAUGUAUACAAUAUACCCGAUGUGGGUCACGAUUACGGCGAGAUAACCGACUCCUCGCUCUCGAUGUUUUUGCCAGAAGUUGGUCGUGUCACAGAGCCCUAUUCCAUGCCCUUUAGAACCACGACCACAACCACCAGCACCACCACCACAUCCACCACAACGCCAAAACCAGUUUUAGCCACAUCCAGAAUCAUCACUACUUCGAGCACCAGCACUAUGCCAUCCUUCCUGUCUGUUCGGAUGCCCAGCACUACUGAGAUUGUCGAAGAAUCCACAACAGAGAAUCCGGAAGCGAGUACGCAAGCAUACAGCACCACUCAAAAAUCCACUGAAACUUCACAAGCCAAAGUAUUUUAAUAACUAUGUAAAAAUUAACCUAAUAUUUAUUAAAAUUAUUUAUACAGCUUUUGAGAUAUACCCUAA